AGAUCCAAUCAGAGCAGCAGAGAACUCUGAUAAAACCUCCUGAUCGUCUACCAACCUCAAGUCCUACAGACUCAGAGAGGCAUGUUGAGGCUGCUGUUGGUGCUGCUGGUUUGGACCUGGUCGAGCUCGGCGCUGGUCCGGGUCCCUCUGAGGCGGGCGCCUUCGAUUCGCUCCCAGCUGCGAGCCUCCGGCCGUCUGGAGGAGUUCCUGACGGAUCACCGCCCCGACAUGUUUAACCGGCGCUACGCUCAGUGCUUCCCGCCCGGCACGCCGUCACUGCGGCUUGGACGCUCCAGUGAGAAGAUCUACAACUUCAUGGACGCUCAGUAUUACGGUGAAAUCACGUUGGGAUCUCCGGAGCAGAACUUCUCUGUGAUUUUUGACACUGGCUCAGCCGACCUCUGGGUGCCGUCGACCUACUGCGUCAGCCAGGCCUGUGCAUUGCACAAGCGUUUCAGGGCAUUUGAAUCCUCGUCGUUCCAUCAUGACGGUCGGAUGUUUGGGAUUCACUACGGAUCAGGACACCUGCUGGGAGUCAUGGCCAGAGACACACUGAAGGUCGGCAGUCUGACCGCCCUGAACCAGGAGUUUGGGGAGUCCGUCUACGAGCCCGGUGCCGCAUUUGUAAUGGCGAAGUUCGACGGCGUUCUGGGGAUGGCUUACCCGUCCUUGGCAGAGAUCCUUGGAAACCCCGUUUUUGACAACAUGAUGGCGCAGGAGACGGUGGAGGAGCCGGUCUUCUCCUUCUACCUCAGCAGGAAAACAAGUAGCGGUUACCCAGAAGGCGAACUGUUGCUUGGCGGUAAAGACGAGGCGUUGUACAGCGGACCAAUCAACUGGCUCCCUGUGACUGCGAAGGCAUACUGGCAGAUUAAGAUGGACAGUGUGGCGGUGCAGGGUGUGAGUUCGUUCUGUCCUCAUGGUUGCCAGGCGAUUGUCGAUACUGGAACCUCCCUCAUCGCUGGACCGACCAGUGACAUCCUCAAUCUUCAGCAGCUGAUUGGAGCCUCGCCCACAAACAUAGCAGAGUUCAUUAUCGACUGCGCCAGGUUGUCCAGUUUGCCUCAUGUGACGUUCGUCCUGGGAGGAAAGGAGUACACACUGACUGCUGAGCAAUACGUCAGGAAGGAGAUGUUUGGCGACAGGGAGUUGUGUUUCAGUGGUUUCCAGGCCGUGGACAUUGUGACCCCAGAAGGCCCCCUGUGGAUUCUGGGAGAUGUAUUUCUGACAGAGUUCUACAGCAUCUUCGACAGAGGACAGGACCGGGUCGGCUUUGCCUCCGCUAAGCACCCAGCCCAACUCUAACCCAUCGGUUAUCAAUAAGCUGACGACUGUAUCAUCAAUAAAUACUGUACAAUUAAAAA